AAAAUUAUAAUGCUCCGAAUGAGCCUUGAUGGAAUGCAUUUGCAGCAAGUAAUUAUCAAAUGGUGGACCGGUGAAAAUUUGAAUUAGUCAUCAAUUUCGUGCCUGCUCCAACGCAUAUACCGAAUCAGAAAAAAAAAAUCCCAAAUGAACUUAGAUUAGUUCGACUUAAAUACAAACACGACACGAGAUAAAAAAAAAUUAAUAAAAACAAACAAAAGCCCCAAGUAGGCAGCAACUUAGACACAGAACAAUACACUUCUCACAAUUAAAUUCAAGUUCUAGAAGAAUCUGAAAAGGCGGUAAUUGGACUCAGGCGACGGGAGAAACACACCGGAGACCGGUAGAGGCGAACAGAGAACGCAGGUUCUGCUCUUAUUCAAGCAUUUCGUUGAAGCUAAGUUGAUUUCGACAAUGCAAAGUCUCCAAGUGACUUCAGCCUCAUCAUUACAAAACUUAUUUUGGGGGAAGAAUCUCAGCUAUGCACCAUAUACUCUUAGCAGAACACUAGAUUUUGUGCCUGCUAUGACAUCACCUUUAUUAGGAUCUCAGAGGCUAUCCGUACAAUGUGGAGUUGGGUUCCGCCCUUGCAUUGACAUACACAAGGGAAAAGUGAAGCAAAUUGUUGGAUCCACUCUUCGAGAUUCUAAGGAGGCAGAUACAAACCUGGUAACUAACUUUGAAUCUGAUAAAUCAGCUGCAGAAUAUGCAAAGAUUUACAGAGAUGACGGCCUUGUAGGUGGCCAUGUGAUUAUGCUUGGUGCUGACCCCUUGAGCAUAGCUGCUGCAACUGAAGCAUUACAUGCUUACCCUGGUGGGUUGCAAAUUGGAGGCGGAAUCAAAACUGAAAAUGCUGUGAGUUACAUUGAAGAAGGAGCCAGCCAUGUCAUUGUCACGUCGUAUGUCUUUAACAAUGGGCAAAUGGACCUUGAGAGACUGAAGGAACUUUCUUCUCUUGUUGGAAGAAAGAGGCUUGUUUUGGAUCUAAGUUGCCGUAAAAAGGAGGGCGAGUAUGUGAUUGUCACAGACAGAUGGCAGAAGUUCAGUGACGUACAUCUCAAUGAGAAAGUCCUGAAUUUUCUUGCAGAGUACGCUGAUGAGUUUCUGGUUCAUGGUGUUGAUGUUGAAGGCAAAAAGCUGGGAAUAGAUGAGGAGCUUGUAGCAUUGCUUGGAAAGUAUUCCCCCAUUCCUGUAACAUAUGCUGGUGGUGUCACUGUGAUGGCUGAUCUUGAGAAGAUCAAAGUUGCGGGGAUGGGGCAUGUGGAUGUGACAGUGGGCAGCGCCUUGGAUAUUUUCGGAGGUAACUUGGCAUACAAAGACGUCGUGGCUUGGCAUGCUCUGCAAGAUUCUAUUGCUGUUUAAGCCAUUCUUAACUUCCCAUCGUUUGUUCAAGUUUUUUGAAUCAUAGCUGAUGGAGUAAUGUUCAGAUGUUACAUAAAUCUUGACCUCAAAUUCGUUUUGCCUAGACUCUCGUAUAGUUUCACCACCUAUUUUAUGAGAUUUUCUAUUCAA